AUUGUAUAUAUCGCAAUCAUUUCUGAGCUACCCAAGACUCCACUAGCUCACUAGCCACCAGCUCCGUGCCUUCUGUGGGAAGCGGUCAACAUCAUGAAAUCGUUUGUGAUAUUCGUUGCCAUAUUGGGCUUUACAGCAGCCCAGAGAGAUACCUCUCUUGCAGUCAUCGAUAGUUUGCGUGAGGUUCAACCAGCUUAUCGUGAUCUGCAGAACUUCGUUAUCAAUGCAGUAUCGAGCGCCAAAGUGAACAGCACCCAGGCAAUCUUUGAUUUUCAUAGCGACAUUUUUCUGGCCAAGGAUAGCUUCCUGCGUUCGGCGAUUAAUCUUGAACAGAACACUCUCCACCACGUCAACGGCCAGAACCCAGAAGCUGACAGCUCUUGUCUCGGAUUUCUACGCAGCAGUGUCGAGGUGAAUUUAAAUCUAGCAGGUGUGUCAUUCACAAAUUGCAUCAACACCGUCGACGCAAGUUUGAACACCGAAAUCAGACUUAUCUACGCGGAACUUGAGAAAAAUGAAUCCUCCUUCAUCGACAUCAGCAUCUAUGACGUGUUCCGGAGUCAAAACAUCUUCGUGGACCCUCAAACUAUCGUUGAUCGCCUGCAGGAAAAGCUUGUACAGCUUGAGCAAACUCCCAAUGGGCUUGUGGCGGAGUUAUCUCUUCUAAUCGAAGGUUUUCGAACUAGGUUGGAAGCGAUCCGAGUGAAGUAUCGACAAUGUUUGACCCUCAAUGAUCAGCUGCUGCAGACGGCGUACAAUACGGUUUUGAUUCAGUUACAACAAAUCUGCCAAGGGCACUUGGUAACGACCACUGUUGCACCGCCAACGGACGAGACAACCGUAUAUGAAACCCCCGAUAGCACUGGGGGUCCAGCUGAGCCACCGUCUGUUGAGCCUGAUGAGUCUUUGAGGAGAUAAGAGGACUCUACAAGGGCAAUAGUUUUCACGUAUUCCCUAGGAAUCAACUAGUUUGCUAAAAAAGAGUUAUUAAUAGAACGGAUUUUUUUUUAAAUUGUCAAAUAGGUGUCGAAUAGAUGAACAUAAGAACAUGGAUUGAAUUUGUGAUGUAAAACCGCCAAACGUAGAAAAUAAAACGUUUGCGAGACCAUCAAAGAUUAUUCAAAUCAGUGUUAUACUACAUGGGCUGAAAAGUCCCGGAAUUUUCAAAAAAUAGCGCCACUAAAAAAUAACAAGAUUCGUUUUGAGAGGUUCAUCUGUCACUAGCUUACAUGUGAAGUUUCAUGACAUUUCGUUUAUUUGUUCACAAACUACAGUUGUUCAAUUGUAACUACCUGAGCAUUCGUAUAGAAAAUGGAAAAAGAGGAAUAUCGUAUUUUGAUCAAA